UGUGAUGUAGUGACGUCACCAUGACGCCGGCGUGAUAUGGUGACGUCACCACGACGCCGGUGUGAUGAAGUGACGUCACCGUGAGCCGGUGCGAUGUAGUGACGCCACCGUGACGCCUGUGCGAAGUGACGUCACCGCGACGUCGGUGUGAUGUAGAGUGACGUUACCGUAACGCCGUUGUGAUGUAGUGACGUCACCGUGACGCCGGCGUGAUGUAGUGACGUCACUGUGCCGCCGGUGUGCUUCAGCGCCGACGGUGCGACACAUGCAGUGGAACGAGGAGGAGCUGGAUAUCCGCCUGCAGGUGUCGAGUCGGCCCAGCUCCCAGCUGAUCGCCUGGAUCUUCAAGCUGUUUCUGGAGGACGUCCUCGGCUACGUUCGCGUCCGUCUGGUCUACCUGCCGGACCACUACAACAUGACGGCAUACAUCCUGGCCCUCUCCCAGUGUCCCAGCUGUAACGACGAGGACGUGCUGCUGGCGUCCGACCGGACCGAGCUGCCGCUGCACGAGCCGCCGGCCACCAUCAACCUGGAGGCGUGGGCGCCGCCAGGCUACGAGCUCGACCAGGAUGCCGAGCUCUUGCAUAACGUCAUGUACGCCGGCCCGCUGGGCGCCGUCACCAGGAUGGGCUGGUUUUUCCAGGAGCAGGUAGCUAUUUCACACUCAGUUGUGCUGGAUCAUUGGAGAGCGUUCACCCGCUCGGAAGCUAUCGAGAUCUUCAACUAUACGCAGACCGAGCUGGCCAGCCUGGAGCACAACCUGAUGGAUGAGUCUCACAGGUACCACUGUGACGCGCCGCCGUGCCAGGACGGGAAGUUCGUGCCCCCCUGGUGCAGGGGGGUGCACUGUGCCGUACUGCUGGCCUCGCGGCCCGAGGAGGCCAACUUCGUGCUGGACCAGAUCGUGGAGCUGCAGCUGCAGGUGCGGGUGUACUGGGUCGGCGACCACCUGGCCCGCCUGGUCACCCUGAGAACGGAGGCGGACAGGCCCGUGCUGUUCGUGCACUACACGCCCAGUCUCCUGACCUUGAAGACGACGUACGCGGAGGUGGCCUUCCCAGCCUGCCUGAACGGAGCCUUCUGCUUCACUGGCACCCGCCAUCUCAAGAAGCUGGCGUGGAACAAGCUCAGGGACAGCGCCAUCCUGGCUGACAAGGCGCUGCAAGGCUUCCACCUGGACCAGGAGCAGUACACGGCGCUGCUGCGGCUGCAGCUGCAGCACCCCAAGUUCAGCUAUCGCCAGGUGGCCUGCCACUGGCUGCGGGCCCAUCGGGACGUCUGGGAGCACCGCUGGAAGCCGGUCGGCCGUCCCAAGAUCUGGAUCGGGGGCAUCUUCCCCAUAGGCGGGCCCAACUACAAGGCCAAGGGCGUGAUACCAGCCGUGUUGAUGGCCGUCAAAGCGGUAAACGCCAACUCCAGCGUGCUGCGGGACUAUGACCUGACGCUGAACGCCCACGACGGCCAGUGCAGCGCCGACAUGGUCAUGAAGACCUUCAUCGACUACGUCCGCAUGCCGACCCACCGGCACAUGGCUGGCAUACUAGGGCCGGCCUGCUCGGACACGGUGGAGCCCAUAGCGGGUGUGUCCCGACACUACCGGGUGGUGGUGAUCUCGUACAGCGCCGAGGGCGUGCUGUUCUCCAACCGCAGCCAGUACCCGUACUUCUUCAGAACCAUCGGCGAAAACAAACAGUUCAGAUUUGUCUACAAGCAGCUGCUCCAUCAGCUCCAGUGGAAGCGGGUGGCGUCGCUGACCGAGGCGGGUCAGAAGUACACCGAGUACAUCUCCAUCAUGCACGACAUGCUGCAGGGGUCGGGCGUCACCUUCAUCGCCAACAGAAAGAUUCCUCGGGACAAGGAGAACAUGGAGCCGUACCUGACGGAUCUGCGAGAGAAGAACGCGAGGAUCAUCAUCGCUGACCUGUACGAAAUCGUCGCCCGAGCCGUCAUAUGCGAGGCCUAUCGCAAGAACAUGACUGCCAGACAGGGCUACGUAUGGUUCCUGCCGGCGUGGUUUUCACCUGACUGGUACAACCAAACCAAUGGCAAGAACUUCACGUGUAAACCUGAUGAAAUGAUGCAGGCGCUUGAUGGACACCUGGCUCUCUCUCACGCCUACUUCGCCAACGACUCGGACAUCAUGCAAGAGGGCAUCACGGUUGGCCAGUGGCGGCAGCAGUACCGCCGUCUCUGUUGCGAGUUCCCGGUGGACGAGUCAGACUACGCCGGCUACGCUUACGACGCGGUCUGGACGUAUGCCUUUGCGCUGGACAAGCUGUUGAGGGAGAAGCCGUCCCGGUUUCAGGACUUCCACACGGUACCCACCACCGCGCGCUUUGUGGAACUGCUGAAGGCCACCAACUUCACGGGCGUCUCCGGCAACAUCCAGUUUGUGGGCCCAUCGAGGAUCUCCAUCAUCCUGGUGAAGCAGUGGCGACAGGGCCGCUACCACGUGGUCGGAUACUUCGAGCCGGAUAUGAACAGCACGGACGGCGGCAGGCUCAUACUGGACGAGCGCGCCAUGGGGCGUAUCCAGUGGCUGACGCCGGACGGCCGCCGGCCCGUGGACGGCUCCAGCGCGCCCUGCGACCUCCAGCCGCUGGCUGAUCUGCUCAACACCACCUGCCAGAACGCCGUGAUCGCCGUCAACAUCCUGGGACUCUUCUUCGUGCUCGUCGUGCUCGUCUCAUGCGUCAUGUUUUACAAGCGGAGGUACGAGAAGAAGGUGCUGCGCCUGCGCGAGCUCGGACUGAACAACGAGGUGGAGCUGCGCCUGGACGAGUGGGAGGUGAAGCGGGAGAAGGUGGUGCUCAACCGCAAGCUGGGCGAGGGCGCGUUCGGCACCGUGUACGGCGGCGAGGCGCUGCUGAUUCGGGAGCGGCCCAUCCGCCACGUCGACCGCAAGCGCAGCGUUGACGCCAAGGAGGAGUGGUGUUCGGUGGCCGUGAAGACGCUGAAACUGAACUACACGCUGGAGGAGAAGCUGGACUUCCUGAGCGAGGCGGAAGUCAUGAAACAGUUCAACCACACCAACAUCGUCCAGCUGCUGGGUGUCUGCACGCGCUCCGAGCCAAUCCUCACCGUCAUGGAGUUCAUGCUCUACGGUGACUUGAAGACGUUCUUGCUCUCUCGCCGUAGUUUGGUAUCAGACAGGGCCUUCAAGGAUGAGAACAACGAUAUCUCCAACAAGAAGCUGACGUCAAUGGCUAGAGACGUCGCCUGUGCCCUCAGCUACCUCGCCGAGCGGAAAUACGUGCACAGGGACGUCGCCUGCAGGAACUGCUUGAUCAAUGCACAACAAGUGGUCAAGCUUGCCGACUUCGGCAUGACACGAUCAAUGUGCGAAAACGACUACUACAGGUUCAACCGGAAAGGUAUGCUGCCCGUCCGGUGGAUGGCGCCAGAGUCAUUGGCCGACGGCCUCUUCACGCCCAUGUCGGACAUGUGGUCGUACGGCGUGCUGCUGUUCGAGAUCAUCACGUUCGGCAGCUUCCCGUUCCAGGGCCUGAGCAACAGCCAGGUCCUGGAGUACGUCCGCGCCGGUCAUUACGUGGGCGUGCCUCGCGGCGUCAAGACUGAACUGGCCGACCUGCUGCUCGCCUGCUGGUCGGUGUCGCCCGAGCAGCGGCCGGACGCGCGCGCAGUGGUAGAGCUGCUAGGCGUGCAGUAUCCACGCCUCAUUGCGCCCUGCCUGGACGUGCCACUCUCGGCCGUCCAGAUCGAAGGCCAGGACACGCACGAGGUCGACCUCAACUCCAGCCGCAAGCUGACGCUCUCGCUGUCGGCGCGGCCGGUCGGCUGGCUGCAGCGCAGCGCCUCUCACGAGCUGGCCGACAUCCCUGAGGCCGAGCGGUUGGUGAACGGCGCGCCGGGUGGCCAGCUGGCCAGGUACGACCUCGAGGCGGACGGCCCGCCGGGGCAUCGCGCCGCCGGCCUGGCCACCACCGACGUGUGA